UUGGACGGCAAAGGUUCAAAGGUUAUGUUUUCUAUAUUUAUCAACUUAUAAAUGAUAAAGAACAAAAACGUAAUGACUAAUUCUUACACGCGCUAAUCUUCAACUAGUUAUCAAAAUUACAUUAAUUUACUUAUCCAAAUCAAUUGAACAUCUUGUAGUACAAUUAGAGAAAUCUAAAUCGACUAAACAAAUAAAACGUACCUGAGAUGUUGGGAAAAAAAAUUGAAAGUGAAAACUCUGAUAAAAAUAGGUGAAAUUUUACUAAUUAUUUAACAUUCAACAAUAUGUUCAAUGUUUUUUUUUAUAAUUUUUUAUUCAAAUUUUAUUGAAACUUGUUGAAGAUGAGAUUUAGUAGAUUAUUUUAUUUAAUGCUUAGUCCUUUUUCAAAUGUAAUAUCAAAAGUAUAUUAUGGCAUUGCCAUUACAGUAUUAAGCUGGGUUAGCCCUAAUUGGUUAUCAUGGAAUAAAUUCUCAGAAAGUAUGUUGAGGUCUCUAGAAAAACGGAUUCUUAGCAUUGUUAAAAGUCCUCAUAAAGGUUUUUUUGUGGAUGUUGGCCCAGUUGUAGGACCUGCUGAUAAAAUAUGGACAAUUUCACUUAAUACUCAGUCUCAAAAGACUCCACUGGUACUAAUUCAUGGAUUAGGAUCAGGGGUGGCAUUAUGGUGUCUAAAUUUAGAUGCAUUCGCUGCUACAAGACCUGUAUAUGCAUUUGACGUAUUAGGUUUUGGACGUUCCAGUCGACCACAAUUUAGUACAUCAUGUACAGAAGCUGAAAAUCAAAUGAUAAAAUCGAUAGAAGAAUGGCGCAAGGAAUUAAAACUAAAAGAAAUUAUUCUCCUCGGACAUAGCAUGGGAGGAUUUCUAGCAACUUCAUAUGCCAUUUCUUAUCCUAGUAGAGUUAAAAAUUUGAUUCUUGCUGAUCCGUGGGGAUUUCCGGAACGUCCAAAAGAAUAUACAAAAGUACCUCUAUGGAUUAAAACUGUAGCUACUAUUAUGAAACCAUUUAAUCCAUUAGCAGGAAUAAGAGUGGCGGGACCAUUAGGACCUUGGUUUAUAAACACAAUAAGACCAGAUAUAUCAAAAAAGUAUGCUGCUACACUUGAAGAUGCUAGUCUCAUUCCGGAUUAUAUUUACCAAUGUAACUGUCAAUAUCCCAGCGGUGAAGGCGCUUAUCACGCUAUGAUGGCAGAUUUUGGUUGGGCGAAAAAUCCAAUGGUAAAUAGAAUAGAUAAACUGGAUCCAUCAAUACCCAUAACUCUUUUAUAUGGAUCUCGAAGUUGGAUUGAUAAUUCUGCAGGAGAAAUUAUUAAAAACAAACGAAAACAAUCUGUUGUUAGAUUACAAGUAGUAACUGGCGCUGGUCAUCAUGUGUAUGCUGAUAAGCCAGAAGCUUUUAACCAAAUUGUUCUUGAAGCUUGUACCUAUACGGAAAAUCCAACAUUAGCAAUUCAGUUGAGUAGAACUGAAUCGGAUAAACCUGAAAGUGACAGCCAAUAGUCACGUAUAUCUUUUAUUUUAAGAGACCUUGACAUGAUUAUUUCGUUAUUUCGCAACUUAUUAGGUAAUUAAAUAAUAAAAUUUACAGAAAAAUUGAUUGUCGUAACUCCGUAACUUCUUUGUGAGGUACUAACUACUUUGUCAUAAUUUAUUUUGUUCAUUAAUUUUUAUAUUAUUAUUCAGCACUUAGGAGUGCAUCUUCAUCCAAUUAGUAAACAAUGAAUGGGAUAAAUGUCCGCAAAUGAGAAUUUUAGCCCCAAAUUUUUGUCCUAUAUUUAGUGCCCUGAGGGGGAAGCAGUUGGUACAUGAAUAGUUGACCCAGCUAAGUCUGCAAUCCACAUGUACUCCUAAAUAUUUGAAGUUUUUUUUUUGCAUAUUUGUGAACCUUUUCACGAAACUGUUUUUAUUUUUUCUCUUGUUUUUUUUUCCUUUUCCAAAUAUCUUCUGAUAUUUUUCAGGGGUUAAAUCAUGUAGUGUUCUUUCGAUUUGGGGUUUAUUUUUAAUUUUAGGGGAAAUUAGCACAUUAGGAAGGGUGAAAGUGCUAACCUUUUGAAUCUGGUAUGCAAAAGUACUGUUACACUAAAAAUAUUCAAAUUAGAUGCACUAGUGGAUGUACAAGUAAUGGGAUUACUAAUAGAAUUUGAGAUGGUUUCUUUUGGCUGCCAUUUUAAUUCUCACUCUAGCAGUAGGUAGAGUUAAAAAAAACAAAUAACAUUAACACAGCAUAAUGAUUAUAGUUGACAGUGUUUCCCAUGCCCUAUCUUAGCCUUUCUAAAAUCCCUAGGCUCCCUAUGUAACGUACAUAAUUUUCUAUAUUCACAUAUAGAUCACUAUAAAACACAUUCAAUACACUGCCACAGCAAAAUAUUUUUCCUCCUGUCCAAAUUUUCUGUAACCUUAUGCUUCCAAAGUUAUAGUAAAUACUACAUUCUUUCCAAUUAUAACUAUACAAUUUAUUUAAUCAGCGAGGUUUUACAAAACUUUUUUUGGACACAUAUUUCAAAUUAAUUCAAACUGAAUCCUGUGAAACACUAUAGAAGUGUAUAGAUUCCAAAACGUCCGGGGUUCCCCACGGACUCCGCCGUCCGCCGCGUUUAUUUGACGACGCCAAAUACCUAGUUGGUCUCUUCAAGCCAAAUUAUAGCCCCCCUUUACAAUCAAAUUUCUUCUCUAUGGGACUCUGAGAAACAUUGCUCUAAACGUAAAAUAAACUCUAUAAAAAUAAGUGCUUUGUGUUUCAAAUACAAAUAACAUUUUAUUUUUAAGUUACAACAAAAUUAACAAAGAAUAUUAUAAUGAAAAAUAUUACUAACAUUUUUAUAAUUCAAGUUUAUUAUAACUUGGGAACAAUUUUGAAUAAUAGAUUGGUUAAGAUUUUUUAAAACUAGUUUUCACUUGUAAUAGAUCGAUGUGUGAUAUAAAGUUGUUAGAGAUUUCAAAUAUAAAAAGAGAAAGUGUAAUAUAUUAGACACAUUCGAAUAAAAAACAAACGAAUUCAUCGUGGAUGUUUGUAGUCGACCAAAAAAUUCAACUUUCCGUUUUUUUUGUCAUAAACAUCUGUUAAAGCAGAUUUAUCAGCAGCUAAAUUCAAAUAUGUUAUGAGUAUAUACGACAUACACAUAAUUUGAUAAUUAUUAGUUUAUAUUUUAAAAUUUGCAUAGAAGUAUAUUUCUGAAUGAACCAAGACAAUGAUUUAUAAUAAAUUCUGUAUAAAAAUUAUAUACAUUAAUAUAAGUAUUUCGUCAGGUCUUUCAAUGAAAUAUUUCGAAAAAAAAAGGUUUUUGUAAUAUAUUGAUUAUAUGAACUUCUAGAUUACAGUGUGCUCUAUUUAAUGAAUGUAGUUAUAAUAAAGAAAAAGAAUCAAUUUUUUUUAAAUAUCUACUUAUAUGUUUUUAAUUGUUUAUGGGGAUGUCUCUCACACUAAUCCAAGGGAAGAGUUAGUUUAUUUAAUGUACUCUUAACAUUAAUAAUUGAUUUGUUAUUAAAAUAGUUGUUAUUUUUUGUUAACAUUGGAGUGACGGGCUGUGAUAAAAUAAACUUUCUAAAAACUA